AUGAAUACUGCCUCAACUUCAGAAAGUGGAUCAUAUUCCACAAACCACACAAGACCCUUUUUUUAUGCACAACCAACAGCGCAACAGCCUUUUCCAAAUCCAUGGUACCUCAGUCAUGCAUACAGUCCGUACUGUGUACCUGCUCCAGGCUUCCGAAGUGGAAAUCCGUAUUUUCCAUUUUAUUCUGUUGCGCUCCAUGAGUACCCUGGAUUUUUUGUUCCACAGCAUCCAAUGCAUGCAAGAAUUAACAGAAGGCCUUAUUUUAAUGCUCCCCCACCUUCCCCUAUGUUUUAUCAUGCAACAAGAUUUAGACACUAUAGUACCCCUGGGAAAAAAAUGGAGACAAAAGAAACACAGACUGAUCCUAGACAGCCUGAAAACAAGCAAAAGAAGCAUCAGGAUACCCGUACAGAAACGAAAGGCUGUGAUGCAGGAAAUAUGGCCUGUGUUUCUUCUGGUAUAGGUACAGAGACUGAAAGUACUUCAGAGAAACAAGAUUCAUCUGGAUCUUCCAUUGUGGCAGACAGAGAGUUUCAUAACAAGAGCUCUUCCAGCUCUACACAGUAUAGAAAUCUUCCUACUGGAAGCUAUGCCUUUGAGAAGGAGGAAGUGAGGAUAGAAUAUGGAAAUGGCUCUCCAGCUAUUCAACUGUGGAAGUCCUUUAAAGAAACUAUCCCUUUGUAUGAUGUGGCAAGUGGUAAACCGGUCCCAGAAAAUAUAGUACAGCGUGACUUAUUUUCUGUUAGCUCGUGUGAAGGAAUGAUAUAUGGCCCUCAUGAAGGGGAGAAAAUGGCGCAAGGAGCUUACUUGGAUGAGAGAAAAGCUGUUAUUGCCUCAAAACAGGGUGUUGAAACUGUGCAAGGAAAAGAGGUCCAAAAUAAUGAAGUGAAGCUGGAUGCAGAAAAGCAGGCAAAUACAAGUCAAUGGGCAAAAUCCCCCCCAGGUGAAACAAUGGCAGUGCAAAUUGCAGAGUUGGCAAGAUCUGUUAGUGUAGAUCAACCGGUGGCAAGACAGGAUGUGGUAGUAGCUAAGAAAUACAGCUCUAAAAAAUCUACAGGCUCAAAAACUUCUCAAGAAGAGCCCAGCUUUAUUCAACAAGCAGGACUACUUCCAUCUAGUAUGGACGUAACGAGUGACUUGAGUUUUCAGCAGAAAAAGUUGAAUCUAAGCCACAGUGCAACCAAUGAAAGCCAAACAGAUAAAAGUAUUUGGUGUGACGAAUCAAUUGAGAAGUAUGUUCCCUCUAACAGCUGGCUGGCUUGUUUGGACAGUAUAGACACAAACUACAACUAUGAUGUUUGUUUGCCACAAAGGAAACGUCAAAGUGUACUCAGUCUUUCUUCUGAUGAUAUGUCCUCUAGAGAGGAAGGCUCAUCAAUUGAUAAUGCCACAGUGUCUUGUUUUGUCCCUGACUAUGUGCUUCAGAAAAGCACGUAUACUUUCCAGAAAAGUACAGAGGGCCUAGAGAAAGAGAAAAUUAAAAGUGGUGGGUCCCUUAAUGAAGAUGAAGUGGAAGUGGUAGGAAGGGAGCAGAAGAACAGCUUGAAUGACCAAGAGGUCAAAAACUCUUCAACUGUGAAGACUGAAGAGGCUUCCAGGAAAGGUAGAAAGAUGGGAGCCUUUCCUAGAUCUUCUAGUCGGAAAAAAAUGAAUUAUCUCAAGAAAAAAGCAGCUAAGAGUUUGUCAGAAGUUGAGGACUCUGAAGAAUACUCUGUGAGGGGAGAAGAGGAUGAAGAUGGAGAGGAUGAGGAGGAUGACGAUGAUAUGGAUGAAAUUGAAUAUUUCUUUCAAGAAGCCACUCCAUAUGGAAUCUUGACACCUAGUAAAGGAAGCUUCUACCAAAUUGGCCAGAGGGUGCUUUGGAAACCACCUAAAAAUGCUAUACCAGCUCAAUUAAUUAGCUGGCCUGUUCAAGAGAAAAUAAAAACUAAGAGUGGGUUUGCUGAAAACAUUGGUGUAGUUUACGAGCCAAGGGAGAAAGAACAAGAUGAAGUUGUCUACAGUGACUAUGGGUAUUACGGAAGAAAGAGGCUUAUGGCAAGAAGAGGAGGACUUGAACACCAGCGAAUGUUACGGAAAUUCUUGGGAGGUACCAUGGGAAAUCAAAGCAUCAAAUUCUUUGAUGUGGCCAAGCAAAGCCCUUAUUUGUGCAAAGUUGCUAGUGCUAGGGAAGGGAGAAAGAGGAACACUACAGACCAGUUGGGGAAAGUCAAGCUUAAAUUUGCUUUAAGACUAUGCUUUGGAGAAAUAACGCCAGUUGUAUCUUGCUAUUCAGGAUACCCACCUUUGGUUAGACCAAAGAAGAAAAGAAUAGGCAAGCCACCAUCAAAACGCAGAGACACAAGAUGUGAGGUGGAAGAAGUAGAAGCGUGGGAGAUGCCUAAAAGCAGCGCACACAGAGGUUGGUAUAUAGUGACAAGCUACAAAAAUUACUUAAAAGCAUUUUUUCUUUACUGUCUUGGGGAGUCAUGGUUGCCAGUUUGAACUGCAAGAAUAUUGGGUAGCUUGUGAAAUAAUAGCAAAUGCUAUGUGUGGAGACAAGGUGAGGAAAAAAGCAAGCUAAACUUUGAAAACUUACCUUGCUAUGAAUACUGCUGUAGUGUUGACCAGGUUUGGCUCCUUUCCUUUAUUUAAGGGAAAGGAGAUUAAAAAAAACCCCGAAACCAAAAAUGCCACCAGACCCCACUAUUUUAGUCUAGUUGCUCUUCAAACUGCUCUACUAAUUUUUUCUUUUUAAAUGUUGGGUCCUGUGUCAUUUUGCAGUAUAUCCUUUUCUUUAAGCUACAGGUCUGUCUCAGCCAAAAUAUUGUGCUCUGAUACAACACAGAUGUGUAUAGGUAUUUCUUAAGAACUUCAACUUUAUGAAGUAGGAAUUUCUUGCUACUUUGGAGGAAGAAGGGAGAAACAAUGGAGGAGAAAAUAACAUUAAGUAGGUUCAAUAACAAAUACACUUCUGCGCAUUUGUGGGAGAAUCUGAAAAGGUUAUAAAUUGAAAAGGGUCAGUACAUACAAGAAGUUGUAAAAGAUCAGUUCCUUCUGGAAAAGAACAGUGUUGCAUAGUAAAGCUAACUUGAAUAUGCAGUCAGGAAAUACAUGAGUUAAAGACCCUCUGUUUCUCAUAUGUUAAACAGAGGAUUAUGAUUCCAUGCAUUUGCAAUGUCUGAAACAGAAACUUAGACUGAAGCAUCUUAUUAGUCAAAAUCGGCAUCAGUCUUGAAGUUGGACUAUUUAAACAUCAGUGUGAAACCUUUAAUUGCUGAUCCUUUCUAGUAAUAGCAUCUAGGAAACUUGCCUUAUCCCAAACUACUUACAUUCUUGUAAUAGUUAGUGUUUCUUGGAUGCAUUCAACGAUGUAAUUACAAGAGCACAGAAAAUAUGCCAAGACUUUGAUAUGGAACUUUUGUCUAUCUGCUAUAUUGGGGUAUUCUGAAGUCCAACACCAUUCUUGCAGAAUUUAUCCUUGCUGGGAAGUUGAGUACAUAGUUCUAGUAUUAAUCAUCAAUGUCAUCUCCUGCAAUAGGAAAAGGCAGUCACUGAUGUCUAGUCUUUAGAAGCAAAUUCAUACAUUAUUUGGAGGGAGAAUGCAUAACUUAAUCUCCUUUUUUUUUUUUUCUUUAGGGCACGGAACAAGGAAGUCCCUCUAUAAGAAAAGAUAACUGCAAAUCGUGGGGCAAAAGGGGGGGAUGGGACAGGAUGACGGGUAUCAGAGGUUUGUGUAAAUCCAAAACUCAGUUGUUGUUCUCUUGUAUAUUUUGUAAGUUGCUGUGCACUCUUCAAGGGUAAGAAGUAGCACUGUAAAGACUGAGGACACUAUUAAAAUGGAAUUAAGUAUUUAACACUGAAGUCACCUUUUUACAACUAGGACAUCCACUAUUUAAAUAAUAAAUUUAAUAGAGUUGCACUUUGAGACUUGUAUUCCGUCUAUACAUGGAAGCAAAAAAGCUUAUGGCAGGGAUGUAUGGGCAUCAAUACCAUCACAGCAUACCAUUUACUGCUGCCCUGUUCUUGGGCUCUGCAGGAUUGUGAAGCCUGUCAAUGUCAUCUCAUAGACAGUUUGUCUAUAUGAUGUGGAUGUAGAUACAAGAUUCUCUUCCAUCAGCUGGAUUUUUGGCUGGAUUUGGUUUUGUCAAAGUGUAAAGGAAUAUAGUUAAAGCUGUACCAAGUCAACUACUGACUUGAAAUUUCAAGGCGGUUCCUCAGAUCUUACUCUUUAAAUGCAUGAUUGAGGACUAACACUAAAGCACUGCAUUGAUGUGAUACUUCCCCCUCCUCCCUUCUUUUUCCAUGGAGACUUUUGAGUCCUCUAUGGAGUCUCUGAGCUGGAAAGAUGGACUUCAAAGGUGAAACAGAAGUUUUUUUACAACAGUGGUGUGCCCUGUUCUCUGACUUCUUACUGGUGACAGUAAGUCAGUUGAUACUGUCCUUGACAACUCACUACAGAAAGGUAUCUUUGUAGAACUAAGAUGAUAAAACUAGUUCUCUGGUGAGCUCUCUCAUGAAUUAUAGAAAUAGACUGAUCUAGAUGAGGUGGAUAGCUCAAAAAUGUGUGAUCUUUUUCAUGUCUGUGAAAGCUUAGCAUCACUAUGAGAAGAAUAAAUGUGAUACUGCCAUUCUUGGAUGAUUCCCAAAUAAAGCGAUGGUGUGAGUGAAAAACAUAGGGAAACUAUAAAAAAUUUUCUUUAUUAAAGGGCAGGAAGGAAUGGACAGAUGAGACUUGUCUUCUGCCUCCUUUCCCAAAGUUCUUAUUCUGUCUGUACCCUAGAGUAACCUACAUGGAAAAAAGUAGCAUUGCCUGUGACUGUGUUAAAGUCUUGUGCCUAUUACUAGUUUCACCUGUAACUAAGGUUAUGCUGUUUUCCCCUCAGCGAGGAGUAUUGAUGUUUCCCUACCCAACUGAUCCUUGAUCUUUCUAUUCUUUUUAAUAGCACUUGUGUACUUGUUAAAGAGCUACUGUAAUUACAGCCUAUACUGGAAGCUGAUAGGGGAAAGGAUCCACUUUAAUACUGUGAUGCCAAGUUUUUAUUUCCUCUCUACCCUAAGCACUGCAAGAAAAUGAGGAAUACAAAUUCUUACUUGGCUUUUGUGCUGCACAAAACCUCUGUUGCACCAGAAAAAGAAUAAAAGGAGGGAGGGAAUUACUUCAAGCAUGGAGCUUUUUAAUCCUCUGGAAAAUACAGGACUGCUGCUCUUGGAUAUCUAAUACAGCAAUGUGCUGCUCUUAGAGAGGGAUGGACUUUAUUCUGAUGGGGAGAAUGAGUGGUAGCAUCUCUUCAACCCGAAUACUGUAAGUGAUGACCUAAAGGUAAUCCUCAGCCAUAAUUGAGACCUCUUAGGUAAGAAUUGACUACUUUUUCACUUUUUCCCUGAACUUGUGUAGCUUUGGGAUUGAAUACUAAGCC